AUGGCUCGAACCAAGCACCAGGCCGUGAGGAAGCCGACGCAGAAGCCCAAGAAGAAGCUCCAGUUCGAGCGCGCAGGUGGGUCGAGUACCUCGGCGACCCCGGAGAGGAAUGCUGGGACCGGUGGAGGAGCGGCGGCUCGCGUUACACGGGCGCGUGUGGAGAAGAAGCAUCGCUGGCGGCCAGGGACUGUAGCACUGCGGGAGAUCAGGAAGUACCAGAAGUCCACUGAGCCGCUCAUCCCCUUUGCGCCCUUCGUACGCGUGGUUAAGGAGUUAACUGGAUUCAUAACAGACUGGAGGAUAGGACGCUAUACCCCUGAAGCCCUCCUUGCGCUGCAAGAGGCAGCAGAAUUCCAUUUGAUAGAACUGUUUGAAGUGGCGAAUCUAUGUGCCAUCCAUGCCAGGCGUGUCACUGUCAUGCAAAAGGACAUACAACUUGCAAGGCGUAUCGGAGGAAAGCGUUGGGCGUGA